CUCAUCCAAUCCUCCUCCUCCUCAGACAUGCCCCGCUCUGGAGGCCGGGCUCGCCGAGGAGGAUCAUGACUGCGGUGGCGAACGGGGCGAGCCUGGAGGACUGUCACUCCAACCUCUUCUCCCUGGCGGAACUCACAGGCAUCAAGUGGCGUAGGUAUAACUUCGAAGGCCAUGGAGAUUGUGGCCCUAUUAUUUCGGCCCCUGCUCAAGAUGAUCCAAUUCUUCUGAGCUUCAUCCGCUGUCUGCAGGCCAAUCUGCUCUGUGUCUGGCGCCGUGAUGUCAAACCGGAUUGCAAGGAGUUAUGGAUAUUCUGGUGGGGAGAUGAACCAAACUUAGUCGAUGUGAUACAUCGUGAGCUGCACAUGGUGGAAGAAGGACUUUGGGAAAAUGGGCUUUCGUAUGAAUGCAGGACGCUGCUUUUCAAGGCGAUACACAACCUGCUGGAAAGAUGCCUAAUGGAUAAGAGCUUCGUGAGAAUUGGAAAGUGGUUCAUCCGGCCAUAUGAGAAAGAUGAAAAGCCCAUUAACAAAAGUGAGCACUUGUCCUGUGCCUUCACAUUCUUCCUCCACGGGGAAAGUAACGUGUGUACAAGUGUGGAGAUCGCCCAGCACCAGCCAAUCUAUCUAAUCAGCGAGGAGCAUCUCCACAUGGCCCAGUCCUCUCCCAUGCCAUUCCAAGUGCUGAUAAGCCCUUACGGUUUAAGCGGUACUUUAACGGGCCAAGCGUUCAAGAUGUCAGACCCAGCAACCCGGAAGCUGAUCGAGGAGUGGCAGUAUUUUUAUCCAAUGGUGCUGAAGAAGAAAGAGAGCUUGAAAGAGGAAGAAGAACUGGGAUAUGAUGAUGAUUUUCCAGUGGCGGUAGAAGUCAUAGUUGGUGGCGUCCGAAUGGUGUAUCCUUCAGCUUUCGUUCUUAUCUCUCAAAACGACAUUCCUGUGUCUCAGAGCACUUCCGCACCAGGAGGCCACAACAGCAUGGCACCACAGGGAGCUGGGAACGUGAAAGAUGCCAGCGGUUGUGGAAUGUUACUCACGCCACCCACCUCUCCAGAGCAGACGGUCAUAGGUGAAAGUGGAGGCAUUCCAAGCGCAGUCAGCCAUACAGCAACACCAGAUGGGCUGGUCACUGUGCAGAGUCCAAAGAAAUCAGGAAAGAUCCCUCCAAAAUUCCAGAAUCGUAUGGUCCACAGAGUUUGGAAGGAGUGUAUCCUCAACAGGCCGCAGUCCAAGAGGAGUCAAAUUACUGCUACAAAUGUGGAGGAAGACACUCCCACCAACUGUGUUUCUUGGGAUUUUGUGGAUCCAGUCCAAAGAGUCUGCUGUUCUUGCUCCAGGCAUAAGCUCCUCAAGCAACGUUGUGCUGUGGGUUCCAGUCGUCCACCGACGAUCUUGCAACCCGGGUUUGGUGUGGGAUCCUCAUCCUCGUCCGCCUUGCCGCCUCCUGCCUCUAAGCACAAAACCACAGAGAGGCAGGAGAAAUCAGAAAAACUUCAAAAGAGGUCACUGCUACCGUUUCACCAUCGUCCCUCUGUCACUGAAGAGCUAUGUAUGGAGCAGGACCCAUCGGGACAGAAGCUGGCCUUGGCAGGAAUGGAGCCCUCCUUGGAAGCUCCUAGUAGCAGGAAAUAUGAGAAGCAGCUUUCUCUGCCACCCAGGCACCCAAGCAAGCAAACAAAUUUGAAUCCUAUGGAUUCCCCCCAUUCCCCCACAUCCCCUCUGCCUCCCACACUUAGCCCCCAGCCAAGAGGUCAGGAAGGUGAUAGCUUGGACCCGCCGUCCGUUCCUGUGAAUCCGACCCUCUACAGCAAUGGAUUAGAACUGCAGCCAAUGGCCAACCCAGAGGACAGGACGGUCCUUGUAGGCCAGAGGCUACCUCUGAUGGCAGAAGUCAGUGAGACGGCUUUAUAUUGUGGGGUUUUACUCAACCAAGAGUCAUCAAAUAAGUGGCAGGGAUAUACUCUUCCUUCAAACAGUGAUCCAGAGUUCAGGCCUCCUGAACUCCAGUGUGAGAGAUAUGACACCAAGAUGGACGUCGCGUCUGAAAGCACUGCACUGAAAAGGCUCUUAGCACAACCUAAUAAAAGAUUUAAAAUCUUGGAAGAGACCUCCCCAGUGCCGACAAUGCAUUAUCUCGACCCCUUACCUCUAAUACAGCAGCCUGGCGAAUGUUUGGGAGAUGUCAGUGACCCUUACACUUUUCAGGAUGGAGACAUCAAAUACAUCUUCACUGGCACUAAAAAAUGCAAACUUGGGACUGAUAGAGAAUCUCUGAAGAAAAAUAAGUCAGAAGAUGGAACUGCAACUAAGGAGAUUUCUGCAGCAGGUCAUCCUACCACUAUGCCAGAUGGGAAAGAUGCAAUGUCCAUUUUCAGUUCUGCUCCUAAAACAGAUACACGGCAAGAUAACGCUGCAGGCCGAGCUGGUACUGGUAGCCUCACGCAAGUAACAGACUUGGCUCCUUCACUACAUGACUUGGACAACCUCUUUGAUAAUUCGGAUGAAGAUGACCCAGGGGCUGUCUCACCUGCCCUUCGUUCAUCAAAAAUGCCUCCAGCAGGGACUGAAGAACGCCCUCUGGGCAAGGAUGGAAGAACAGCUGUACCUUAUCCUCCAACUGUGGCGGAUCUGCAGAGGAUGUUCCCCACACCACCAUCCUUGGAGCAACACCCAGCUUUCUCCCCUGUGAUGAGCUAUAAAGACGGCAUUAGCUCAGAGACAGUGACGACGUUGGGGAUGUUGGAAAGUCCCGUGGUCAACAUGGUUACAACUCAACUCACUGAGUUUAAAAUGGAGGUGGAAGAUGGAUUAGGGAGUCCGAAGCCAGAAGAAGUCAAGGAUUUCUCCUUUGUGCACAAAGUUUCAACUUUUCAGCCUUUUAUGGGCUCCUCCAUGUUCGCUCCGUUGAAGAUGCUACCAAGCCAGUGCCUGCUACCUCUGAAGGUUCCAGAGGCCUGUGUCUAUCGGCCUUCCUGGGCUAUUCCUCCAAAAAUUGAACAACUUUCUUUACCGCCUACGGCUGCUUUCAUCAGAGAUGGUUACAACAACAUACCCAGCGUUGGGAGCCUGGCCGAUCAAGAUUAUCUUCAGAUGAACACUCCCCAGAUGAGCACUCCCGUGACGCUAAACAGCGCUGCCCCAGCCAGCAACAGUGGAGCGGGAGUCCUGCCUUCCCCGGCCACUCCUCGCUUCUCCGUCCCUACGCCACGCACACCCAGGACCCCGAGGACUCCAAGAGGUGGGGGAACUGCCAGUGGACAAGGAUCCGUCAAAUACGACAGCACAGACCAAGGGUCGCCAGCCUCCACACCCUCUACAACCCGGCCCCUCAAUUCUGUGGAACCAGCCACUGUGCAACCCAUUCUAGAAGCCCACAGCCUGUACGUCACGCUCAUUCUUUCUGACUCCGUGCUGAAUAUCUUUAAAGAUAGCAACUUUGACAGCUGCUGCAUUUGCGCUUGCAACAUGAAUAUUAAAGGCGCAGACGUGGGGCUGUAUAUUCCAGAUUCGUCGAAUGAGGACCAGUAUCGGUGCACUUGUGGAUUUAGUGCAAUUAUGAACCGCAAACUAGGGUACAACUCUGGCCUGUUCAUUGAGGAUGAAUUGGAUAUUUUUGGCAGGACUUCAGACAUCGGCCAGGUAGCAGAAAGGAGGUUGCUCAUGUGUCAGACCACCUUAAUUCCGCACCUGGGAGAGGGAUCCAAAAGGGUUCAGGAGCCCCCGACGGGCCUUCUCAUCCUCCUUCAGAACCAGCACACCCAACCUUUCACCUCCUUGAGCUGCUUGGACUACAUGUCUGCCACCAGCCGACCAACACUCCAUUACACAAACUGGAGCUAUGACAGAGUUCAGGCAGAAAGCAAUGACUCCUGGAUUGAGUGCUUCAAUGCCCUGGAGCAAGGCAGGCAGUAUGUGGAUAACCCCACAGGCGGGAAAGUGGAUGAGACUCUCGUCAGAAGUGCCACCGUGCACUCUUGGCCUCACAGCAACGUUCUAGACAUCAGCAUGCUGUCCUCCCAGGAUGUGGUGCGCAUGCUCCUGUCUCUGCAGCCCUUCCUACAGGAUGCCAUCCAGAAGAAGCGGACUGGCAGGACCUGGGAGAACAUCCAGCAUGUUCAAGGACCCCUCACCUGGCAGCAGUUCCACAAAAUGGCAGGACGGGGAACCUACGGUUCAGAGGAAUCUCCUGAGCCUCUUCCAAUCCCUACUUUGCUGGUUGGUUACGACAAGGACUUCCUGACAAUCUCUCCGUUCUCCUUACCAUUCUGGGAGAGGCUGCUACUGGACCCAUACGGGGGCCACCGGGAUGUUGCCUACAUUGUAGUGUGUCCAGAAAACGAGGCCUUACUUGAUGGAGCCAAAACUUUCUUCAGGGACUUGAGCGCCGUAUACGAGAUGUGUCGGCUUGGCCAACAUAAACCGAUCUGUAAAGUGUUGCAUGAUGGAAUCAUGCGAGUGGGAAAGACGGUGGCCCAAAAGCUGACGGAUGAGCAUGUGAGCGACUGGUUCAACCCACCCUGGGGCAACGAAGACUGUGACAAUCAUUCCAGGCUCAAACUUUAUGCGCAAGUCUGUCGUCACCACCUAGCACCUUACUUAGCUACUUUGCAACUCGAUAGCAGCCUACUGAUGCCACCUAAACACCAGACUGCACCGCCGCCGCCGCCAUCAAACCAGGAACCACCAAUAUCUGGAAGUGCAGCAGCAAUUCCCCCCAGUUCGGCCUGCCUUGCUGCAUCCGGGGCUCCCCCAACUGGCGGUUCUUUCACUUCCACACCCAGCAGUGGGACCACAGGCCUCCCGCCGGGCAGCAGCUCAGCCUCGGGGCCCGCAGUGCCGCAGCUGCCAGCAUCCUCCACUGUAGCCAGUAUUAACCAGACAAGCACUACUACCUCCUCUUCCGGGUUCAGCGGGGGCCUGCCCCAAGGGCAAAACCCAAUUCCUGGGGCAAAUUCCACAGAGAGACCUCAAGGAAGCACAGUCUUAGGAGGAGAGGCAGAGACGGCGCAUAGCUCAGCUCAACAGCAGCAAGAAGGGCAGGAAAGUUCUGCAGAGAGGGAGAGGAUAGGAAUUCCCACGGAACCCGAGUCUGCAGAUAGCCACACCUAUCCUCCAGCUGUUGUGAUUUACAUGGUGGAUCCCUUCACCUACACUUCAGAGGAGGAAUCCGCCUCUGCCAACUUCUGGCUCUUGAGUUUGAUGCGAUGUUACACAGAGAUGCUGAACAACCUCCCUGAAAACAUGAGGAAUUCUUUCAUACUCCAGAUUGUGCCUUGCCAAUACAUGCUCCAGACCAUGAAGGACGAGCAGGUCUUUUAUAUCCAGCACUUGAAGUCUCUGGCGUUUUCAGUCUACUGCCAGUGCAGGCGACCGCUGCCCACGCAGAUCCACAUUAAGUCUCUGACCGGCUUUGGGCCAGCUGCCAGCAUUGAGAUGACUCUCAAGAACCUUGAGCGGCCCAGCCCCAUUCAGUUGUACUCCCCUCCAUUUAUCCUGGCACCCAUCAAAGACAAACAGACAGAGCUGGGGGAGACCUUUGGAGAAGCCAGCCAGAAGUACAACGUGCUCUUCGUUGGGUAUUGUUUGUCCCACGACCAGCGCUGGCUCCUGGCCUCCUGCACCGACCUGCAUGGCGAGUUGUUGGAAACCUGCAUUGUCAACAUUGAUUUGCCGAACAGAUCAAGGAGGUGCAAGGUAUCAGCCCGUAAAAUCGGUUUGCAAAAGCUGUGGGAAUGGUGCGUUGGGAUCGUCCAGAUGACGUCACUUCCCUGGAGAGUUGUGAUUGGACGCCUUGGGCGACUUGGCCAUGGGGAGCUGAAAGACUGGAGCAUCCUGCUCGGAGAAUGUUCACUGCAGACAAUCAGCAAGCAGUUGAAGGAGGUGUGUCGAAUGUGUGGCAUCUCCUCAGCCGACUCUCCCUCAAUUCUCAGUGCCUGUUUGGUUGCUAUGGAGCCCCAGGGCUCAUUUGUGGUGAUGCCAGAUGCUGUCACCAUGGGGUCCGUGUUCGGCCGCAGCACUGCCCUUAAUUUACAGUCAUCCCAGCUGAAUACUCCACAGGAUGCCUCUUGUACGCACAUCUUGGUGUUCCCAACCUCUGCAACAAUCCAGGUCGCUCCGGCAAACUAUCCAAACGAGGAUGGAUUCAGCCCCAAUAAUGAUGACAUGUUUGACCUUCCAUUCCCGGAUGACAUGGACAAUGACAUUGGCAUUCUAAUGACUGGGAAUCUCCACUCAUCUCCAAAUUCCUCCCCCGUCCCUUCGCCCAGCUCCCCUUCCGGGAUUGGAGUAGGACCAUCCUUCCAGCAUAGUCGGAGCCAAGGAGAGCGUCUCCUCUCCCGGGAAGCACCCGAAGAACUGAAGCAGCAGCCUCUGGCCCUGGGCUACUUUGUCUCUACUGCCAAAGCCGAGAACCUUCCCCAGUGGUUCUGGGCAUCGUGUCCGCAGGCCCAGAACCAGUGUCCCCUCUUCCUGAAGGCAUCGUUGCAUCAUCAUAUCUCUGUGGCACAGACAGAUGAGCUCCUGCCUGCCCGGAACUCACAGAGGGUUCCCCACCCCUUGGACUCCAAAACCACAUCUGACGUCCUAAGGUUUGUUUUGGAACAGUACAACGCCCUGUCGUGGCUCACAUGCAAUCCCGCAACUCAGGAUCGCAGCUCCUGCCUUCCUAUCCACUUUGUGGUGCUCACACAGCUAUACAACGCCAUCAUGAACAUCCUUUAAUAGCUAAGGAGCGCCUGGCUGAUCUUCCCCUUCAACUUGAGAAAUGUGCCAUGGCCUGUAAGAGUUGCAAUUCCUCCCUCUCCUCGGACCCAGCCUCCAAGGGCCCAAGAGCAGCGCUGCGUUUCCUUCGGAAUCACGGGAGACUUUGUCAGUGUUCGAAGUCUAGCAGGUGGAGCAUGUCAGCACUUCUGUCAAAUCUGUCAAGUAUUUCAGACAGCGGAUAUAUUAAAACCUCAAGGCAGUGUUAAUUUGGUGGCUGAACCAAAUUCUGGGACAACGGACCAUAGAGAAGACGGCGUCUUUGUGUGCCUGUGUGCGUGCGUGCGUGCGCGUGUGCGUCCUUUUUGCUUGAGAGAGGAGUCUCAUCCUUUUGAAGCAAAACAUCGUAGUGACCAGUUUGAGUCGCCCAAAGCUUAUGUUGUUCCUUGAAAACCACAAGAUGGACUUGGCUGCAAUUCUAGAAGUUUAUAAAUAGUGGAAUUUUCUUUCAAUCUGGAAUUCCUGUCAAGAGUGGAUCGGGAUGAAUGCAUGCAUUUGUUACCUGUCCAUGUAGAUACGAAUGGUCUGGAGAUACUCUUGAGGGUUUUGUUUUUUGCUUUUAAUUUAUUUAUAGGGGCUAUUUAUAGGGGGCUAUAGAGGACCAGGUACAGUAGGAGACGCAGCUCCAUUCCACUGAGAACUAUUUAUCGACAUACCUCUCUCGCUCUGCAGACUUCGAAAUGGGGCGAAAACCAUGAAAAAAAAUCCAAAUAUCAGUUCACAAGAGCAAGUGAGGAAGAACGUUAGGAAUCACCAUUUUUGUUGGUGGACGUUUUGGGUUAAGGAACUCUGUUCGUAGCGAGGUUUAAAUAUGUCGAAUGAAAGAUGACACAGGAGACCAGGGGGUGGUGUGGGACCCGGACGAUAAACACUUUAGAGCCUAAAAUUGAAGCAAUUGAAAGGAGACGUAUUGAGUUAGAGAGGAGUUGGACGAAUACGGAAAUUAUUCCUGAAACCCAAGUCACACCCAUAGACCUGGGACAGACUCGCCCUCCGUACAUAUCAAAACAUUGUAUAUAUACUUUUUUGGUUUUGUUUACACCCUUGUCAGUUUCAAAUCUGGUGUAUUUUUUUUCUGUCUAUAGGAAGAAAUAUUAUUUCAAAGAAAUAAUUUUUAAAAGCGAUUUCAUUAAAUUAGUACUUGAAAGUAAAAACAAACAAUAAACGAAACCAAGGUGGAAAAAGCCAACCUGGUUUAAUUAAGAUGUUUGCCAUUUAAAACAAAGCAAAACAAAAGUUUAAAGCAAAUGGUAUUAUUUUUAUGACUCCUUAAUUCUAGGAUUUAAGAGAUCUAUAGUGUAAACUCCCAUGUCUGAUGUUUGUUGCGGCAAUUGUGCAGGCAUGGGCUGCUUCUAAGAAGAGGAAUCAAGUAGCAAGGGGAUUGGGUCACCGGCCAUCCUUGGAGAAUAAUUUACCAUUUUUGAAGUUCUUCCAAAAGUCUGUCUUGUUCUGGUUAAAAAAAAUAAUAAUUAAAAAUUUCUAUGAAUUUAAAGGAAUAUUUUUCUUGAAAUGAUGAUGUAAUGUUUAAAUCAAAUUUAUUAUUUAAAAAAAGAAAUCCCAUGCACGAGGGGGCGUGGCCUGGUCAGAGGACGACCCCGUAAAUGGAUCACUUUGAUCCUCUGCUCCAGGCCACCCUCCUGGGGGAACUUUUGCAAUGUACAGGAGGAGAAUCAGAUAUAUCGAAACCAUUUGUAUCUAAUGUAUACAGUGUAAAAUUGAUUUUAAAAAUAUUGCAUUACUAUUUUUUCUUAAUCAGAAAGGAAAAUUCUCAAGGCCUUUUGAAGAGCAUUAAAAGAUGAAGAUUGUAAACUUGUAUACAAAAAAAAAAAAUUAACUUGGUGAGGGAAAACUAUAUAAAGUUAUCUUUUACCACUUUGGGGUUAUUUGUUCCCAAGAUUCACCUGAACUUUGGAUUAUAGAUGGGUUGACUUUUUUUUAAAUGGGCUGUUUCUAUCGGGGUUAUUUUCUUCCCCAGAGAUCUAGUUCUAAUGCAAAAAUUAAAAUACCCCUACCCCACAAAUAAGGGAAGGGGGGGUUGUAAGGAGUAGUUUUCAUCUGGUGGUGUUUAUUUAAUUUUUUUUAAGUUAAGAGAAACUGGUAACAUAUUUAUACAUUUUUUGUGCAAAAUAAAUGAAUGGCAAUAGAUUUUAAAAAGAAAAAAAAUCUUAUGUACUUCAGUGUGAAAAUCUGUAUAAUAUUUCCCUUUAAAUAUGCAUUAUUUUACUUGUGAGUUUUUUACUGAAUUAAUCUGAAAUGUACAAGCCCUGGAUUUCCUACAGAGUGAAAAAGUUAUUUUAUUUUUUUUAAUUUCUAAUUUUGGAAAUCAUGCAGAAAUCAGAAUUAUUGCCGUUUGAGCUAAGGGGGUGGGGUGGGCGGGCGUGUACGCAAGGGAUGUCCAGCAUGCUUCUAUGUAUAUUUCAGAAACUUUUUUUAAUGUAAAAGCUGUACAUUUCUUGGGGGAGUUCCGAUUUUUUUUUUCCUUGAGCAUUUUGCAGUGAGCCUCUUUUAUAGCCAACAAUUUGAAACAAAAACAAACAAAAAAAGAACUAUGUGGAGUUCAUUUUAAAUCUUACAGUAUAUCGCUGGUACAAUACACUAAAAAAAAAAAGACUUUGAUAAAAAGAAGAAACAAUAAUAAUAAAGACCUCCAUUUUAAAUGUCAUUCAUAUAUACCUUGUGGAUGAGAGCUAUAUACUUUUACACACUUUUUUAGAUGAAUAAAUUAUUGAAUUACUGAAA